UUGCAUCAACAUGAUUGGGACAAAUAUGCAAAUGUAAGUUCAUUUUUCGAAAUUUUUAUUUAAAAUUUAGAAGAAAACAUGAAUUUUUGCAGAUUUCGAUGGACAAAACAACAAUUGGACACGGUAUUUUGAGGGAAAUGUAAGUAUUUUGGGGUGGUUUAGGGGAAAAAUCAAAUAAUAUUAUGAAAAUCUGAAAGUUUCAGCUUUUCCUGAACCCGAAACCUUGAAAUUUGAAAAAUUCAAGGUUUUGGGGGAGGGAAAAGGGUGAAAUUUCAGCUAAAAAUCUAAAAUUUUAAAGAAAACAAAACCUAGAACCUAGGUUUCAAGCCUGAAUUUUGAGAAAAAGCUCAAAUUUCAGGCCUGAAGCCUGAGAAAUCUCAGAUUUCAAGCCUGAAGCCUGAAAAACCUCAGGUUUCAGGUCUGGAAUCUGGAAAAUCUCAGAGAUCAAGCCUGGAAUUUGAGAAAAAUCUCAAAUUUCAGGCCUGAAACUUCCCUGAAAAUUCUGGAAGAAGCCCCAAAUUUCUAGAAAAAUCCAAAUUUUCGACCAAAUUUCGAGAAAAAUCUAAAUUUUUGGGCCCGAAUUUGGCCUGAAGCCUGAAAAACCUCAAAUUUCAAGUUUGAAGCCUGAGAAAUCUCAGAUUUUAGGCCUGAAAUUAAAAUUUUAGUAAAAUUUAUUAGAAACAUGAAUUUUUGCAGAUUUCGGCGGACAAAACAACAAUCGAAUGAUUGGACACGGGAUUUGGAGUGAAAUGUAAGUAUUUUGGGGUGGUUUAGGGCAAAAAUCAAAAAAUAUGGAGAAAAUCUGAAAGUUUCAGCUUUUCCUGAACCCAAAUCCUUGAAAUUUGAAAAUUCAAGGUUUUGGAGGAGGGAAAAGCUGAAAUUUCAGCUAAAAACCUAAAAUUUUGAAGAAAACACCAUAGAACCUAGGUUUCAAGGCUGAAAUUUGAGAAAAAUCUCAAAUUUCAGGCCUGAAGCCUGAGAAAUCUUAAAUUUGAGAAAAAGCUCAGAUUUCAGGCCUGAAGCCUGAGAAAUCUCAGAUUUCGAGGUUGAAGCCUGAAAAUUCUGGAAAAACCCCAAAUUUCGAGAAAAAUCUAAAUUUUCUACCAAAUUUCGAGAAAAAUCUAAAUUUUCAACCAAAUUUCGAGAAAAAUCUAAAUUUUCUACCAAAUUUCGAGAAAAAUCUAAAUUUCUGGGCCCGAAUUAGGCCUGAAGCCCGAAAAACCUCAGAUUGUAAGCCUAAGCCCAAAUUUCAAGUAAAAAGCCCAAAUUUCAAGUAAAAGCCCAAAUUUCAAGUGAAAAGCCCAAGAUUCAAGUAAAAAGCCCAAAUUUCAAGUGAAAAGCUCACAAUUCAAGUAAAAAGCCCAAACUUUAAGAAACAUUCAAAUUUCUAGGCCGUGAGCCCAAAUUUUGAGAAAAUCCGAAAUGUUCAGGCCCGAAGCCUGAAAUUUCUGAAAAAAAACCCCAAAUUUCUAGAAAAAUGUGAAUUUUCGACCAAAUUUCGAGAAAAAUCUGAAUUUCUGGUCCGAAUCGGGCCAAAUUUCGAUAAAAAGCCCAAAAAUUCUUAAAAUUUAGGAAUUCAGCUAAAUUUUCAAAAAUAAUUUUAAAACUCCCAAAAUUUUUCAAAUUUCAACUUUUUUUUUUCAGAAAUUGGCAGUUUUCGAAGAAAAACAACAAAAAUGGACAAAUCGAGGAUUAAAGGUCAGUUUUUUGAAAUUUUCUUAAAAAAUACCAAGCUCGCGGAAUUUUCCGCGUGUUGUCCGCGCGGCAUUUCAAGUUAAGAAAAGUUUCCUGAUUUUAAGGCUUAGGCUUAGUUAGUUACCACAAAAAACUGCGAAAUUCUGAGAAAUUUGCGAUUUUGCGUUGAAAAUUACCAGAUUUUCCGCGAGCUUUCCGCGCGGAAAGCUGUUCUCCGGUAAAACAUUAUUUUUCCUGAUAUUUAGGCUUAGGCUUAGUUAUCGCCUAGAGAAAACUGCAAAAUUUAUAAGAAAUUCGCGUGAACCGUGCUGCAGAAUUUCAAUUUUUGGGAUUUUCCGCGUUCGUUCCGCGCGGAAACCGGAUUUUUGAGAAAACUUGAGUAAUUCCUAAUUUUUAGGCUUAGGCUUAGUUAACGCAUAGAAAAAACAUCAAAAAUUUGAGAAAUUUGCGAUUUUGCGCGAGAAAUUACCCGAUUUUCCGCGUCCUUUCCGCGCGGACACUUUAUUUUAGCUGAUGUUCCUGUUUUUUCGAUUUUGUGCAAAAAAAAUGUAUUUUUUCAGAUUUGCUGAGUCGCCAACACACAAAAAUCGACGGAAUCCUUGAUUUUUGUUGAAAAAUGUUGAAUUUUUGUAAUAAAUUGUUUUUUUUUUCAGUCUGAGUACUGUAGUCAAUUGAUUUUUUGCAGUUCGGAUUACUGUAAAUCCAAAUUUCGGAUUUCUAGGCCAUGAGGUUCUGUUUUUCUCUGAAUCCCUAGGAAAUGGCCUAGAAAACCAAAACCAUUUUGUUUUUGGAUUUCUAGGCCAUUUUCUAAAGUGUCUCAAUUAUAUUUGCAAAUGCCACGUGUCAACGCGGAGUGUCGUAGUUUUUCAUAUAUUUUUCUUGGAACCGAAAUUGCCACGUCAUAUAGCUCCACAAAUUUCUUUCAAAACUACGACACUCCGCUUUGACAAGGCAGACUCCGCGUUUCGUUUUUUUGCUUGUAACUACGACACUCCACCUUGACACCCGUCAAAUUUUUGCAGCAAUUGGUUUGUGCCGAUCAGUGUUUUCUACAUGUGCACAGGUUUGGCGAUUUCCACAAUUGCACUUGACAUCGGAUCAAUCUACGUUCGAAAAUUGCACUUCAUCGGAAAAAAGAUCAAGAAUAUUGCGAAUAUUCGAAUUUGGUUUGGCGCCAGGAAGUGAGUUGUUUUUUGGCGGGUGUAAACGCGGAGCAUCGUAGUUUCUUCUUCAUUACACUUUGAAACGUAAAAAAUCCCUGAUCCUCCAGCUAGGAUUUCAAAUAAACAACGAUGCUCCGCGUUUACACAUUAACCCCUGAUCUUUUCAGCUUGGAAGUUCGAGAGCUGAUCACAGCCGUCGGUCAAAACAUCGGUAUCGAUCAGAAUGUGAUAGCCGACAUUGAUAUCGAUACAUUGGUCAAGACUGCGAUUCAAGUGAAAUUGGGAAGAUUGUCACGAGUUCCGCAAACUCAUAUGAUUGUUGAGGAAUUUGGCCGCCUGAAUUGGUGCCGUUGUUUAUGAAGGUAGGGGUGGAAUUGCGGAGCAUCGUUGUAGUUCUCAAUUUUUUUCCCCAGGACGGACAAUUUCCGCUGUUCGUCGAUUCGGAAGAUGA